AUGGAUUCAAGUAGCCCAUUGUUGGUCUUCUCCUCUCAGUCCCAAUUAGAGCCACAAGACCAACGACCCUCCACUCAACUUUCCUUUCUCGACAAUUCCCAAUCAAACAAAACCCUCCUCCUACCUUCCAAAUUCAUUUGGCCAAAAGGGGAUUUAGUAGACGCUCACCACAAGCUCACAGAGCCCUACGUAGACCUCCAAGGCUUCCUCAAGGGCGAUAAAAACGCAACCAUUGCAGCUUCCAACCUCGUAAGAAAGGCCUGCAUGAAACAUGGCUUCUUCCAAGUGGUGAACCAUGGCGUGGAUCACACCCUGUUGGCCACCGCCCUCGAUAAAAUGGGCUCUCUUUUUAACCUCCCUUCAAACCUCAAGACUAGAGCAUCCAAAAUGUGGGGCUUCUCCACCGCCCAUUCUAAUCGCUUUUCCUCAAAGCUGCCAUGGAAGGAAACUUUCUCCUUUGGCUUUGACCAUUGCAUCACCUCCAACGAUCCCUCUGUGGCCCAUUUUUUCACUUCUACUUUAGGCAAGGAAUUUGAAGAAAUCGGGGUUGUGUACCAAAAGUACUGCGAAGCAAUGAGGGAGCUGUCGCUUGCAAUAACGGAGCUUUUGGCCAUAAGCUUAGGAGUGGAGAGGUGGGAACUGCGCAAGUUUUUCGAAGAUGGAAGCUCCAUAAUGCGAUUGAACAGCUACCCAAUUUGCCAACAAGGCGGCGUCACCCUCGGAACUGGGCCUCACUGUGACCCAACAGGCUUGACCAUCCUCCACCAGGACCAGGUCGGCGGCCUCGAGGUGUUCGCCAACAACAAAUGGCACACCGUUCAGCCCUCCCACAAUGCACUCGUCGUUAACAUUGGCGACCUCUUCAUGGCGCUGUGCAAUGGGGAAUACAAAAGCUGCGUGCAUAGGGCGGUGGUGAACAAGCACAAGGAGAGGAGGUCGCUGGCUUUUUUCCUGUGUCCGAGGAAAGAUAAAGUGGUGAGGCCGCCGGAGAAUCUUGUCGCCGGCGAUGGGGCGAGGAAGUACCCAGAUUUUUCGUGGUCGGAGCUGCUUGAGUUCACUCAGAAAUACUACAGAGCUGACGCUGCAACUCUCCCAAACUUCACCAAAUGGCUCGUGUCGUCUAGGGCCUCUGAUCUUCAUUCGUCGACUUGA